GGCCCGGACGGUCACAUCCCGCUGCAGGGGACCAGCCUGGGCCGCCGCACUGUCCUCUGCACCGGGGACGCAGGCCAACUGCCAGGCCUCGCCGGCAACGCCCCUUGCUCCGACACAGACUACGCGCGGCCCUCGGGAACGCUGGGGGCCCUGCAGACCCGCGGCCCGCGGCCACUCCGCUUCUGUCCUCUCUGCCCGCAGCUCUGCCGGCGAUGCCCGCCUAGGCGGGCCCGCGUCGGGAUGGGGUAGGGCCAGCGCCAGUCCGGCGAUGGGCCGCCCCCUGGGCACCGAACAACCCCCCGAGGCCUGACCGACCACGAGGACCCGGCAGGAUCCCCGCCUGGAUGUUAAGCGGAUGCCUCCGGGCCCCUUGGCGAACUCGGUGGAAACCAUGGCUUCUUUGAUGCCUCUUUCCCCAUAUCUGAGUCCCACGGUCCUCCUGCUGGUCAGCUGUGACCUGGGCUUUGUGCAAGCAGACCGACCUCCCUCUCCUGUGAAUGUGACGGUCACUCACUUCAGAGCCAACUCGGCCACUGUGUCCUGGGACGUCCCAGAAGGCAACAUCGUCAUUGGCUACUCCAUUUCCCAGCAAGUACGAAUCACCCUGUUUCCCCAACCUGUGCCCUUGGGUCUCUGAACACCCCUGCAC